GAACUCUUCUGACUCGGAGUUUCCAUUGAAAGUCAGGAGAAAGUUUGGUCAUUGCCAGCAGGUGAGGCUUUCUUCCACCCGGACGUCAGACAAGCAAACGACAAUCAACCAAAGUCAGUCAGAGUUAGAAUGGACACAGAUCUGAACUCCGCCAUCUCCGCCUUCCUGUCAAAUUGUGACGAUCACCAACUGUUCCAGUUGACGAGAUUCUACAAGGAGCGACUGGAGCAGGCGAUUGAGGAGGGCGUGGAGGGAGUCAGCUUCAUGUUAAUGGGCGAGGAUCACUUCACCGGGCAGGAGUAUCACAGCGUGACUGAGCUCGCGGAGAAGGGAAACCGACCGGGCGCUUCCAAACUCCUCCUGGAUCUGGUGAUGGAGAAGGGCUCCGGGGCCCGGAAGGUGAUGUGGGAAUCCUUUGUGAAACUGCACCACUAUUUACCGAAGCUGAGCAGAAUAUUGAAUGAAAUACGGGAGCGAGGUGACGGCCAGUUCGCCUACAUGGACACUGAGCGGGAUUUCUCUGAAGUGCCCAAACAUCUGAAAGAUGUUCGAAGGAAACACAAGGAGACUCUGCGGGCACAAACUGAAAAACUGAGAGUGAACACGAUCCUGAUGAGGGAGAAGGUGAAGGUUUUCCAGCUGGUUGAUCGAUACGUUGAGCUCACGGUCAUUUCUACUGUUCGAGAUCGGACACUGGUGGAACAUGAGCUGCUGGCAAGAGGCAGAGACCACGAGGAGUGGAGAGAAAAAGGUCUCCGUGGUAAGCUAGAAAAAAUCCGGACUGAUCAGUUAUUCAAGAAGAGCUUUGUUCAAAAAUUGAAAAGAUCUAUCUUUAGAAACAAAUCAGGGAUGUCCGCAGCAGUGGCCGGAGUCCCAGGGAUCGGGAAAACAACAAUGGUACAAAAGAUUGUUUACGACUGGGCCGAGAGGAAGAUAUACCAACAAUUCCAGUUUGUCUUCAGUUUCAAAUUCCGGGAUUUAAACACCAUUAACUGCAGAAUAAACCUGAAGGAACUGAUUCUGGAUCAGUAUCCUUACUUUGGGAAUAUCCUGAGAGAGGUCUGGAAGAACCCAGAGGGACUGCUGUUUAUAUUCGAUGGUUUGGAUGAAUUCAAGCACAGAAUCGAUUUUGCAGACAGUCGGAGAGAUACAGAACCCAGGCACCAGUGUCCAGAUCCCGAGUGGUGGUGUGAAGUGUCUGACACUGUGUACAGUUUAAUCCAGGGCAAGCUGCUCCCAGGGUGUUCAGUGCUGGUGACCACCCGUCCCACUGCGUUACAUUUAUUGGAAAAGGCAGAGAUCAGUGUCUGGGCUGAAAUCCUGGGAUUUGUUGGUGAGGAACGGAAGGAAUAUUUCAUCAGGUAUUUUGAAGAUCAGACGGUGGCGGAAGCUGUUUUCAAACACGUGAAGGAGAACGAGGUCCUGUACACCAUGAGCUACAACCCCUCCUACUGCUGGAUCCUCGCUCUGGCACUGGGCCCCUUCUUCACACAAAGAGUCAGGGACCCACAGCGAGUUCCCAAGACCAUCACCCAACUGUACUCCUACUAUAUUUACAACAUCCUGAAAAACCAUGGCCGUGAGAUUGAGAACCCCCGUGAUGUGUUACUCAGAGUUGGUCAGAUGGCCUUCAGAGGAGUGUCGGAGAAGAAGAUUGUGUUUACAGGUGGAGAUUUGAUCAACUACAAUCUGCAGCCUUCCCAGUUUCUGUCCGGGUUCCUGAUGGAGCUUUUGGAGAGAGAGGAUUCUGCCCGGAGCAUGGUGUACACAUUCCCACACCUCACCAUCCAAGAGUUUGUAGCUGCAGUCGCACAAUUCCUGAUCCCAGAUGGCAGAGAUAUCAUGAAACUCCUCACUGAAGCCCACUGCGUGAGGGAUGGGCGAUUUGAGGUAUUUCUCCGUUUUGUUGCUGGUCUCUCCAACCCAAUGACAGCUCGGGGUCUGGAGGAGUUUCUGGGUCCAUUUCCCAAUGAAACAACCUGCCGGGUGAUUGACUGGGUGAAGGAGGAGGUUAAACGCCGAAGUGGAAACACAAGGAGUGAAGCUGGUAAAAGGAGCCUCCUGAACACAUUGCACUACCUGUUUGAGUCUCAGAAUCGUGUACUGGCUCAGGCCGCACUGAGAUCUGUGGAAAGGAUUUCACUCAGUGGAAUGACACUGACCCCGAUUGACUGCGCGGUCCUGUCUCAUGUCAUCGGACUCUGUGAUACAAUAAAACAGCUCGACCUGGAGAACUGCCACAUUCAGUAUGAGGGAAUACAGCGGCUGGGACCCGGGUUGCAUAAGUGCCAGGAGUUGAGACUUGGGCAUAAUGACCUGGGAGAUUCAGGAGUGAAACUGGUGUCUGCGGCUCUGAGGAACCCGGAGUGUAAAAUACAGACACUGUGGCUGUACAAUGUCGGUCUCACAGAUUCUGGUGCCGAGGAUCUCGUCUCCGCUCUCAGUACAAAACCAUCACUGACGGAUCUGAUCCUGAGUGAUAAUAAACUGGGAGAUUCAGGAGUGAAACUGGUGUCUGCGGCUCUGAGGAACCCGGAGUGUAAAAUACAGAGACUGGGGCUGAGGGGUGUCGGUCUCACAGAUUCUGGUGCCGAGGAUCUCGUCUCCGCUCUCAGUACAAACCCAUCACUGAUGGAGCUGGACCUGAGUGGUAAUAAACUGGGAAAUUCAGGAGUGAAACUGGUGUCUGUGGCUCUGAGGAACCCGGAGUGUAAAAUACAGAAACUGGGGCUGAGGGGUGUCGGUCUCACAGAUUCUGGUGCCGAGGAUCUCGUCUCCGCUCUCAGUACAAACCCAUCACUGACGGAGCUGAACCUGGGAUACAACUCUCUGACAGACCGAUCUGUCCCCGGUCUCCGCCGCCUCAUACUGACCCUCCCGAGUCUGAAGCGGAUCUGGCUGGGGGGGAAUGAGUUCAGUGAGACCGGGAUGAAGGAACUGAGAUCUCUACAGGAACCCAGACCCGGACUGAGAGUGGAUCUGUGAACAUCUGAAUGUGGGGAAUCGGUUCAGUGACACCGGGAUGAAGGAACUGAGAUCUCUACAGGAACCCAGACCCGGACUGAUGGUGGAUCUGUGAACAUCUGAAUGUGGGGAAUCGGUUCAGUGAGACCGGGAUGAAGGAACUGAGAUCUCUACAGGAACCCAGACCCGGACUGAUGGUGGAUCUGUGAACAUCUGAAUGUGGGGAAUCGGUUCAGUGAGACCGGGAUGAAGGAACUGAGAUCUCUACAGGAACCCAGACCCGGACUGAUGGUGGAUCUGUGAACAUCUGAAUGUGGGGAAUCGGUUCAGUGAGACCGGGAUGAAGGAACUGAGAUCUCUACAGGAACCCAGACCCGGACUGAGAGUGGAUCUGUGAACAUCUGAAUGUGGGGAAUCGGUUCAGUGAGACCGAGAUGAAGGAACUGGGAUCUCUACAGGAACCCAGACCCGGACUGAGAGUGGAUCUGUGAACAUCCGAAUGUGGGGAAUCGGUUCAGUGAGACCAGGAUGAAGGAACUGAGAUCUCUACAGGAACCCAGACCCGGACUGAGAGUGGAUCUGUGAACAUCUGAAUGUGGUGAAUCGGUUCAGUGAGACCGGGAUGAAGGAACUGAGAUCUCUGCAGGAACCCAGACCCGGACUGAUGGUGGAUCUGUGAACAUCUGAAUGUGGUGAAUCGGUUCAGUGAGACCGGGAUGAAGGAACUGAGAUCUCUACAGGAACCCAGACCCGGACUGAUGGUGGAUCUGUGGACAUCUGAAUGUGGUGAAUCGGUUCAGUGAGACCGGGAUGAAGGAACUGAGAUCUCUACAGGAACCCAGACCCGGACUGAUGGUGGAUCUGUGGACAUCUGAAUGUGGUGAAUCGGUUCAGUGAGACCGGGAUGAAGGAACUGAGAUCUCUACAGGAACCCAGACCCGGACUGAUGGUGGAUCUGUGAACAUCUGGCCUUUAACCUUUAUCUUACCUGGAACCCAGACCCGGACUGAGAGUGGAUCCGAAUGUGUGAACAUCCCCGCCCGCGGGAUGGGGACAUUUGGCCGACUCCCCGCCCUCCCCUUUAACUCCCGCCCUUACCUUUAACGGCCGCGCGCCGGGGCUGAUUCCCAACGGUUUUAACGGACCCGGCUCGGGCCUCGCGCUGUGUGCGUCGCUCGCAGCGGUCCCGCAGUGACGUGUUUCCGCCUGUUGUCCGGCGGGACAGCUUCCGCCGGAAGUGCGUGUACGAGACACCGACGUGACUCCCCGGGGAAUUACCCGGACAGGAAGAGCCCGGGGUCCGGGGCUCAGUCUGGGACACCGGUGUCCCGGGGUGGGGGGGAUGAUCCCGGGAGAGAAUCCUUUUGCCCCCUUUGCUGAGGACGGUGCAUUCGGCAGCCUGGCCGAUAUAAUGAUGUUAAAUGGACAAAUCCCUCGGCAGUGACCCUGGAUCUGCAGCGAUCCCGGACACGGCCCUGAAGUGUGAUUUUAUAAUCAUCGGUUCCCCGAUGCAGAGUGACGGUGAGAAACGGGACUGAUUAUUCAAACUGUCACUCCUUGUCGCCGGUCAGUUAAUUGUGUGUGAGUGUGAGUGAGUCGGGAGCAGCUUAUUUAUUCCCGCACGUCAGCAGCUCACACAUUGUUUCAUUCACAUUUGUAAAUUUACUCACACCCGGGACCAGCCACAGAGAGAAUUGUCCUCCACACUGCCCCAUCACACACUUGCAAUGCCAAACACACAGUGAAGUUCCGUCUGCACCGUUCCAUCACUCAAUGAAUUCCACCCUGCAAAAUCUCAUUUCAGGGAAGCAGGCACCAUCAAUUUGCGGGAGACUCCCGGGAGAGGUGGGAUGUCUGCAGUAGAGUAGCUCCUUAGCGGCCAGCCAGCUAGUUUAAAUAGCGUUAGCUAUGCGAAUGAACGAAUGACACCCGUUAAACUCACCUCAACAAUGAUUUAAUCCCCCAUGGGCAAUAGAAAAGUCACUGUAGCAAACAGUGCAGCGAGCCACAUUGUCAUUAUUCCUGACCCCUAUUAGGCAGGGGUACACUUUAGUGUAGUCUGGGGUGAAGUACGUUUUGUAUUUUCUUUUUUUUUAAAUACUCUGCCAUGGAGCGCUCCCACCCUCUCCCUGCCCCUCUCAAAAAAAUCGAUUUGCGGGAGAUUGAAUAUAAUUCGCGGGCGUCAGGGAGCCGCUCACAAUAUGCGGGAGACUCCCGGAACUUCCGGGAGAGGUGGGAUGUCCGAAGCUUCACUUGAAAUGGCCGCUGGGGAGGGAGUGGCGGCUUUGGUAGAAGUGAGCACAAGAGAGGGAGGGUCGCGCUGAUUUAAAAUGGGCGAAUCCUUGGUUAAUGUGGCCGCCAGGGAUGGACUGAGACACUGACUUACAAUGGCCACUGUCACACUCAGAAUCUAUGGCAAAGGAACAUGCGGUGUCCAUGGAUACAAUCCUGGGAUCGAGUGUGUUAUUGAUUGUAAUAACAGUAUUUUAAUUUGUGUUUUAUAUUGUCUUGGGCGUUGUACAUAUGUUUUAAGUCCAAUAAUUUUGUCAUUGAAUAAACUAAUGUAUAUAUCUGA